CCUUUCCGUCCUUCCAACCCACCUGACAGUCCCUGCCCGAAACACCCAAUCGUCAUCACCUUCGUUCACUCUCUCUCUCCCCCUCGAAACGCAGCGUUAUGGCCACUGGAUUGGUCCGACGAGCAGUGGCUAGGUUUCAGUCGUCGCCGGCGGCGAAGAUGGUGUGUGUCCGAGCGCAGGCGUCGGAAGCCCAAGCGCAGCAGGUGGAACCGAAGGCCCGACCCAACUCCAAACUCAAGACCUUCCAAAUCUACCGGUGGAACCCGGACAACCCAGUGAAGCCCGAACUCCAGGACUACCAAAUCGACCUCAAAGAAUGCGGCCCGAUGGUACUCGACGCACUCAUCAAGAUCAAGAACGAGAUCGACCCCAGCAUCACCUUCCGCCGGUCGUGCCGGGAAGGGAUUUGCGGGUCGUGUGCGAUGAACAUUGACGGCUGCAACGGGUUGGCCUGCCUGACGAAGAUUCCGGAGGGGCCGCCUUCGACGAUCAUGCCUUUGCCGCACAUGUUCGUAAUCAAGGAUCUGGUGGUGGACAUGACCAAUUUCUACAACCAGUACAAGAGUAUUGAGCCGUGGUUGAAGCGGAAGAGCCCGCCGCCGGUUCGGGGGAAGGAGAUUCUGCAGAGCAAGAAGGACAGAGCAAAGCUUGACGGGAUGUACGAGUGCAUAUUGUGUGCCUGCUGUAGCACAUCCUGCCCUAGCUACUGGUGGAAUCCCGAGUCUUAUCUCGGCCCCGCUGCUCUCCUCCAUGCUAAUCGGUGGAUAAUGGACAGCCGGGAUGAGUAUACCAAGGAGAGGCUGGAUGCAAUAUGCGACGAGUUCAAGCUAUACCGGUGCCAUACAAUAUUGAAUUGCGCCCGGGCCUGCCCCAAAGGACUCAACCCUGGAAAGCAAAUCACAAACAUCAAGCAGCUUCAGCUUCUAAAUGGCAUUUAGACGUAGUCUUCUUCUGUGAAGAGAGCACUGUUUAUGCUUACUUGUAACAGUCAAUAACGUGGGGGUGGAUGAUGGAGCACUGUUUAUGCUUAUUAUUCUCGAUAUCUGUUGUAUUUAUUUAUUUGUUUUUGUUGGGUUUUGAGAAAUGCACCUGGGGAUACGUGUUGUCCAGAUUCAUUCCCAUAAAUGAUAAAAAGCUGGACAUUUUAAGACGCAACGCAAUGGCUAAGAAGUAAGACCCAAAGGCCAUUCCUGAAUUGAAUAUUAUUCAGGAUAGCGCUUUAACUUUCGUGCCGGAUGACAUUUCCUCAACUUCGAUUAUGAUUUGAGAAAGAUUCCCAUUUCCUCCACUUCAGUUGCACAUUUGAUUUCCCAAC